CAGGGCAAUUUGGGGGUCUGGGAAUGAGCCUCAGCCUAUAGGAAUUUUGCGUGCCACGUAGUCGAAGAAAUCUACUAUUUGGACUCUUUGGGUUUUUCGGUAUUUUGUGGACCAUUAAAUAUCAGUUAAGAGUUAGAGUUUUUCCCCCUUUUUUUUCAUUUAGAGAUGAUUCCAGAGUUGUGGACAUGCAUUUUUUCUCUAUUCUUCUUUUAUGUGCACGGAGCAAAACUUCCGGAGCCUGAAGUUAAAAUUGAAGUCUCAUACAAACCUUUCCUUUGUCACCGUAAAUCCAAAUACGGGGAUAUGCUUCUGGUCCACUACGAGGGGUUUCUGGAGAGCAAUGGGACAAUGUUUCAUUCCAGCCGUCACAAUGGAGACAAAAAUCCUAUCUGGUUCACACUGGGAAUCCGUGAGGUUAUCCGGGGAUGGGACAGGGGUCUUCAAGGCAUGUGUACUGGGGAGAAGAGGAAACUAACCAUCCCGCCAGCUCUUGCUUACGGCAAAGAGGGCAAAGGUAAAAUUCCUCCAGAGAGCACUCUGAUCUUUGAUAUGGAGCUCGUAGAGAUCCGAAAUGGGCCUAGGUCACAUGAAUCCUUUCAGGAAAUGGACCUCAAUGAUGACUGGAAACUUUCCAAAUUAGAGGUGAAGGAAUACCUGCGUAAAGAGUUUGAAAGACACGGGUAUCCUCCCAAUGAUACCCACCAUGAAGCGAUGGCUGAGGACAUCUUCCAGAAGGAGGAUGAAGAUAAUGAUGGAUAUAUAUCAGCUCGGGAAUUCACUUAUAAACACGACGAACUAUAAAGAGUACACGGCCCUGCAUAACCUUAGCGAAGUCUACCUUCAAAAGGAUUCCAAGAAUUACUUUGAGACAUUUACAACUUUUACAUCGAAUUCUAAUGCAGUAUUGGAAGAGACUGUUACGGAUCAACAGAUCUCAUGUCUGUAAUGUUUUCUAGUGUUUUACUCAGGUGGUACCUACUGUUCAAUUAGAUGGUUAAUAUUCGAUGAGUGCACAAAAUAUUAACCCUCAAACGCAGUGUUACAUUCUGCUGCAUAGGAGAAUGUUUCGCUUCUAAAGUGCCUUUUGACUAAUAUAUGAAACGUUCUCUGAACAUUUCAGUUUUUUAUUUUAAUUUUUUAUUUGUUGUAGUUUGUGUGUUAUGUAUUUCAGAGCCAAAGAAACGAUGUAAUAAUGUUAACAAUAUUUAGAACAGAUCAUUUUGUUUUAGGUGGGCUUUACGUGUUUUCUUGGGAAUAAAUUGGAUGAAAUUGUGUUUAAUAUA